CGUUGGUCUUUGCUUCUUCCCUUUCGAUUUUAAGUGCACCUACUGGCUACAAACUCUGUCUUCUCCAGCAGGACGGAAAAAGCCAAACUUCAUAAGUGUCUGAAUGGAUAAUAUGGUUGUGGAUCGGAUUUUCUCUGGUAUCCAGCCAACUGGGACCCCUCAUCUGGGUAACUACCUUGGAGCCAUUCAGAACUGGGUGAAUCUGCAGGAAAAGUGCAGCUCAGUGCUGUAUAGCAUUAUGGACAUGCACUCUCUCACCAUGCCCAAGGAACCAGCUGUUCUGCGCCAAAACACCCUCGACACCACUGCUGCCAUCCUUGCCUGUGGGAUUGACCCAAAGAAGUGUUUCCUGUUCCGCCAGUCACUGGUUCCUGAGCAUGCAGAACUUGCCUGGAUUCUUGGGUGCUUAACUAAUGUGCCACGGCUGCUACGUUUGCCCCAGUGGAAGAUGAAGCGUGCCAGCCUGAAUAGUGAAGGAACUGUUGGUUUGUUGACUUACCCUGUGCUUCAAGCAGCAGAUAUUUUGCUGUACAAGUCAACGCAUGUUCCUGUUGGAGAAGAUCAAGUCCUGCACCUGGAACUAGCCCAAGAUAUAGCACAACAUUUCAACAAGAAAUAUGGAGAAUUCUUUCCUGUGCCAAAAGCCAUUUUAAGUACAACAAAGAAAAUAAAAUCCCUCAGAGAUCCAUCAGUGAAGAUGUCCAAGUCAGACCCACAGAAGUUAGCUACUGUUAAUAUAGCAGACAGCCCUGACGAAAUAGUGCUGAAAUUUCGCAAAGCUGUGACUGACUUUACCUCGGAGGUGACCUACGACCCCGCUGCUCGCCCCGGUGUCUCCAAUCUGGUGUCCAUUCACGCUGCAGUAACGGGGCUUAGCAUCAAAGAAGUGCUGCACCAAGCCACUGGUCUUGACACUGCUCACUACAAGAUGGUGGUAGCAGAGUCAGUUAUCCAAAAAUUUGCACCUAUCAGGAAUGAAAUCAAGAAACUCCAGGAAGACAAGUCCCAUCUGAUAAAGAUUUUAGAGGAUGGAGCAGAAAAAGCCAAAGAACUGGCUGCUCCUAUCUAUCAAGAAAUAAGGAGACUGGUGGGAUUUCAAUAGAAGCUGCUGAGUAGUUUCAAGGACUUCUGUAUCAUGAGACAGAGAUUUUGUUAUUUGUAGCAAAAUCGUUUAUUAAUUUUUAAUCAUUUUGAUUUGAAACAAAAGCUUUUCUUCCUGGAAGAUCCAAGGAUCUUCCAAUCCAAGGAGAAUGUUGAAAGUAAUUGCAUUAAAAAAUGAGCAUGAAGCCAGGUAUUUCCAGUGGGACCAGGAUUAAACUUGUCUGUAUAGUCAAGGAGGGAGGACAGAAGCAAUCACAAUUCACUAAGAAAUUGUACAAAAGCAGAUUAUAAGGUUGCCUGCGUGGGUUUUUGGAUUUUUCCAUUGACCACUGCGAGAAGCUGAAGUGUAGACAAGGUGAUCAACUCUAGCAGAAAGAUCUGUAAUCCUCUCAAGAACAUACUUAGCUGUUUAUGUGAUCUUGUUACAAAUGGACAGUUUAUCCUAUUGGGAGUUAGUAAACUUUGAUAUGGUGAUUGAACAUGUUCUUGGAUAACCAGAAUAAAAGCGGAGACUUAAAAAUAAAUGGUCUGGGUGAUGAAGAGAGAACUUA